AUGAAUUCUGAAGCCAAUAAACCCUCGGGUUGUCUUCUCGCCGUACUUCGACUGCUUCGUUUUCUUCUCGGAGUAUCGAACGAAGCAGAUUCCGCCGGUGGUUCAGCGGCCUUGCCUUAUCGCCUUCGCGACGAUUUCCUAUCGCAGGCUGAAUUCUCGUUCUAUCGAGUGCUCCUAUCGACCGUAGGCGAUCGGGCCGUGAUCUGCCCGAAGGUAAACUUGAACGAUCUGUUCUUCGUCACCCAACCCCACGAGAACCAACGGUUUCGCAACAAGAUCGAUCGCAAGCAUGUCGACUUCGUCCUGUGCGAUCCGCGCACGAUGAAACCUCUUGCAGGGAUCGAACUGGACGACGCGAGUCACCGCCGGAGCGACCGCCAAGCUCGCGAUGCCUUCGUCGAUGAUGUGUUCGACUUGGCCGGAUUGGAACUCGUACGUUUUCCAGUUCAAGCAAGCUACAACACCAAGGAGAUCGCCGCAGAACUUGCCCCACAUCUCACAACGCCUCCGGUGAAUGAACCAUCGCCCCCUCCCAUAGCUAGGCGAGUGAAGGCACCGCUGCAGCCGAAGGUGCAUCGCCGGCCGUGUGGCGUUACCAAUGCAACGACUGCGGUCGCAAGUUCGCCGGCGCCGCCCACGAAACGUUGGCCUCUUAACGGUAUUCGCCGAACCCUUGAAGCAACCCAGCCGCGGUCUCUACGUGCGCAAGACUCGCGGGUGGCCCGGCCGCGCCGGCCGGGUCGGCGAAGCCGACAGGAUGUCCUGAGAAUGGGCUUCCAUGCCGAAACGGCGGAGGUUUAG